GCCCCUCUUCAUACCUUUCCUUUCGCCGUCAGAUCAUACCCCAUACCCGCGCGAUGGUUUCUGCCGUUUUUGCUGACAGGCCGAUCAAGAAGCUUGUUCUCUUCGAUGUGGACGAUACGCUGACCCGGCCUCGCCAACUGAUAUCUCAGGAGAUGAUGGACCUCCUUCGUGCGUUACGCAAGAAGGUCAUCACCGGCGUCGUCGGCGGGUCCGACUUCGUCAAGGUCUCAGAACAGCUCUCCCUCCCGGGCUCGACCGCGGUGGACGAAUUCGACUAUACGUUUGCGGAGAACGGCCUGACGGCGUUCAAGCUGGGCAAGCAGCUGCCCUCCCAAUCCUUCAUCAAGUUCAUCGGCGAGGAGCGGUACAAGACCCUCGCGAACUUCAUCCUCCACUACAUCGCCGACCUGGACAUCCCCAUCAAGCGGGGCACGUUCAUCGAGUUCCGGAACGGGAUGAUCAACGUUAGUCCGCUUGGCCGCAACGCAACCAUGCAAGAGCGGAACGACUUUGAGGCCUACGACAAGCAACACGGCGUUCGCCAAGCCUUCGUGAACGUGCUCAGGGAGAAGUUCUCAGACUACGGGCUCACCUUCUCGAUUGGGGGCAAGAUCUCCUUUGAUGUCUUCCCCAGCGGGUGGGACAAGACCUACUGUUUGCGGCACGUCGCGGACGAGGAAUUCGAGGAGAUCCACUUCUUUGGAGACAGCACCCACAAGGGCGGCAACGACCACGAGAUUUACUCAGACCCUCGCACGAUUGGGCACUCCGUGAAGGGCCCGGCGGAAACGGCGCAAAUCCUGAAGGAACUUUUCGAACUGUGAGAGGCCGGUUUAGGUAUCGUGGUCACUUGGGUAGAGCACUAUGUCAUCUCGAUUCCCUACUACAUAGACCGUUGUACUUUGGUAGAAUUUGUGGAAUGUCUUCAACGAUGA